GCGGGCGGCGGCGCGGCGCGGCGGCGGCGGCGGCCUGAGCGGCCAUGUCCGGGGUGGUGCGGACGCUGAGCCGCUGCCUGCUGCCGGCCGAGGCCCGCGAGCGCCGGGCGGCCGGCGGGGCCCGCGACGCGGAGCGCGAGGCGCGGAGGCGCAGCCGCGACAUCGACGCGGGGCUGGCGCGGGAGCGGCGCGCCGUGCGGCGCCUCGUCAAGAUCCUGCUGCUGGGCGCGGGCGAGAGCGGCAAGUCCACGUUCCUCAAGCAGAUGCGCAUCAUCCACGGCCGCGAGUUCGACCAGAAGGCGCUGCUCGAGUUCCGCGACACCAUCUUCGACAACAUCCUCAAGGGCUCAAGGGUUCUUGUUGAUGCACGUGACAAGCUCGGUAUUCCUUGGCAGUAUUCUGAAAAUGAGAAGCAUGGGAUGUUCCUGAUGGCCUUCGAGAACAAAGCAGGCCUGCCCGUGGAGCCGGCCACCUUCCAGCUAUACGUGCCUGCCUUGAGCGCACUCUGGCGGGACUCGGGCAUCAGGGAAGCUUUCAGCCGCAGGAGUGAAUUUCAGCUGGGGGAAUCCGUGAAGUACUUCCUGGAUAACUUGGACCGGAUUGGCCAGCUGAAUUACUUCCCCAGUAAGCAGGACAUCCUGCUGGCACGGAAAGCCACCAAGGGGAUCGUGGAACACGACUUUGUGAUCAAGAAGAUCCCCUUCAAGAUGGUGGACGUAGGGGGCCAGCGCUCACAGCGCCAGAAGUGGUUCCAGUGCUUCGACGGCAUCACUUCCAUCCUGUUCAUGGUGUCGUCCAGCGAGUACGACCAGGUGCUCAUGGAGGACCGGCGCACCAACCGCCUGGUGGAGUCCAUGAACAUCUUCGAGACCAUCGUCAACAACAAGCUCUUCUUCAACGUCUCCAUCAUCCUCUUCCUCAACAAGAUGGACCUGCUGGUGGAGAAGGUGAAGAGCGUCAGCAUCAAGAAGCACUUCCCGGACUUCAAGGGGGACCCGCAGCGGCUGGAGGACGUGCAGCGCUUCCUGGUGCAGAGCUUUGACCGGCGGCGGCGCAACCGCAGCAAGCCGCUCUUCCACCACUUCACCACCGCCAUCGACACGGAGAACAUCCGCUUCGUGUUCCAUGCCGUCAAGGACACCAUCCUGCAGGAGAACCUGAAGGACAUCAUGCUGCAGUGAGGGCGUCCUCGCGGCUGCCCCUCCAGUGCAUUCCCGCUACUGAACCCGAGGACGCGCCAAACUACUGAACCCCCGGCACCGCGCACGCGGCCACGGGGCCGUGUCCGUCUUGUCCAGAAAGCAUGGCCCUAACUGCACACGUGCACACACGGCAGUGCCGGGACCGGCUGAGCCCCGCCCUGACCCUGGGCCUUGCCGCUCACUGUGUCCUUCAGGAAGCCCUGGACGUUUCCCUCCUCUCGGCUGCCCCGCUGCCACCCACUGUGCCUUCCGACAGCCGUGCCUCAGUGUGGCACCUGGCAUUCACAACAGGUGCUGGCGGGUAUGUCGCCACACUCUGGGUCCUCUCACUGUGCCACACGCGCCUUCCACGCCAGUCCCCGCCGCCUGCUCCCUGCAGGGAAAGCCCAGGCGGGGUGUCCAGGACCCUUCCUGGCAUCCCCCAGAGAGCAAAGGCUCCCCCUAUAGCUCUCCGGAAUCUUCCGCAGGUCCCCAGCACGCCCGAGGGCCUCGUCCUGGCUGUGCUCUCCCCUGGCCCUGGCCCACUUCACUGAGCCCAGUGAUUAUCAGCUGGGGGCAGCUGCAGACCCAGAACGGGUGCCGACUCGCUGCGGAGUCACGUGUCCUUAACGAGGGAACAGCACAAAAUUCUUCUGUCUCGGUGCUCCAGACUUGUCCGUGUGUGCUGGGAGGCAGGAAGGGUCUUGCUCCUGCUUCCUGCAGCUCUUCCUAAACAGGAAGUGAGUGACCCAGGAAGCGUCAGCCAGGAGCACUUGAUGGGGCCAGUCCCCACACCAGGCUCAGCCCCUGCCCCAGAGUCCUCUGUUCUUGGCCAGGUCUGACUUGCCAGUCUCUAGGGCUCACGGUGCCCCCUGCCACAGAGGGUGUUUGGUUGCUGGGGGUCAACUCCUUGGUGCCGCUUGGAGCCGAGGGUCUUAGUAGACCUGCCCCCUACAGUCCGUCUGAGUCAGUCCCGUCUGAUGCCCUUCCCUUGAACAGUCUUGAUCUGUUCACUCUGCACUUUCCAAACCCGAUGCCUGUAUGUGAGGAGAGGCUGUGACCCCAGGGCACUGACAGCUGCGACCCAUCCCUUGGCAGAGAGGAGAUGUGUUUGCUAGGCCGAGAAAAACCAUCCGCAACUUUGUACACCCAGGUUGUAGCCAUUUUUAUCUCCAAACUUGGGCUUUUCUAUUUUUUUAUUUUAAUUUCACUGUUACCUUGAAUUCUUGUCUUUUGUAUUGAGAUGUUAUGGAGAAACAGGAGAUAGUUGUGCCUCUGCUAUUAUUGCAAAAAUGUAACAAUAAACUUUCUCAAGACAUUUUCCUCUUA